AUGGACUGCUUUGACAAUGCCCCGCCCAACGUCAUGUUGGCCUUGGGUCCUCCUGAACAACGCCAACAGAAACCAUCAUCCAAUACAGCUACGACGAUAACUACAGCACGAGCCGCUUGCAUUACUAGUAGCAGUAGUAACAGCAGCAGCAAAAGCAGUGCUCCUUUUUGUACCAACAGCAACCAUCCGCUUCUUGUCGCCAGUAGCAACGGCAGCGACGAACAGCAAAAGACCCGUUGGACCUGUCACAAAAAGGUUUUGGCAGAGCAUUCACCCUACUUUGCAGCCAUGUUUGACGGCGAGUUCAGCGAGAAUGGGGCAAGCAUUGUCUUUUUGCCACCUGGCGUCUUUUCCGCGAUCGGGCUGGACGGCGUGCUCCACUACAUGUAUACGAGCGAGCUGAUGUUGAACGUCAACGGCUCAUUGAACAAAGCACAUACUAUAGUACAGCAGUUGCAGGACAUGUAUUCAGCUGCAGACUAUCUCGGCAUGAUCCAAUUUCGCCAGACUGUCAGCGAGCACUUGACCGAAUAUGCCCACCAGUGGACCUGUUACUGUGGCGAAUGUCGUGAUGUGGUGACCCAGCUCUUUCCCUACAGCUAUGCCCGCGCUGUGCACUGCGACGACGAGCUCAUGGCAAUCAUUGCAGAAAAGACAUUGACAGUGCUGACGCAGGAACCCGACAAGGCACUGCACACGUUUUGGACGAGCCAUGGACUUGCUGAAAUGCUCACUCUAUCACAACCUGACGUAGGUCCCUAUUUGAAACAGCAAAUCAUUGGCCGGAUAAGUCGCUUUAAUGCGAUAGAAACACUUCAUGCAUGCUUCGUCGCAAACAAAACAUUUGAGCGGCACGAACAACGGGAACAACGCCAACGACAAAAGUCGAUGAUUAUAACAGCUUCUACAACGACGACGACAACAACAACAAGCGGUGAAGAGAGCUACGAGCAGCUUAAAAACACGGUAGCAGGUGCGCUGUCGCGAUCUACAGAUAUCAUUGCACACUUUUUCGAUUUUUACUGCUCGCAGUACCCAACACUCUUGUCAUGCAUCGAUGGGAUUACGUACUCGUUUGACUUUUUGGAGUUUCUGCUGCAACGCACUUUGAAGGAUAAUAUGAAGCCACACAACGCACCAAUCAUGUACCAAGGCAUCGUCCGCGACCUGAUGUGUCGCCAUGCAGUCCAACACUGCGCCCAGGUCAAAACUAUCCUGACAGAUGCACGAAGACAAGUCCUCAGAUACAUUGUCGACAACAUCGAGUUAGUGACAAAGAGUGGUGCCUUUGACCGAUUAGACAAGAACGUCCUGGCCAAGUUGGCAGAAGAUACGAUGCUGCAUCCAAAAGCAUUCACUCUCUCCUCAGCUGCAGGAGCAGGAGCAACACACCAACAUCACCAUCAGCAUUAUCAUUAUCACCAAUUUCGGCGGCCUUCUGCUGCAAGUGCGACGUUGAAACCCACCUCUACGGCAGAGUUCCGUGGGUCAUCUGUUGCCAGCAGCCACACUCCGUCACCAUCAGAAGAUACCGGUAACCUGAGAAAAUUCUUAACCUGGCUCACAUUUGUAACCAAGAUCUCCACAAAACGACACAAGCAUCAUCAUCAACGACAACAACAACACCAGCAGCAAAAGCAGUUUAUCGCUACCAAGAAAACAAAAUUGGCUGUUGCAAGUUCUACCAAUACAGGUGCUGCCACAGAUAGUACCAUCCACCCCUCUAAUGGUGCAGCAGACACGACGGCACCCAACAACGGCGGGAGCAAUAACAAUGAUGGAAGCAGUAGCGCUAUCGCCAAAGCUAUAAUCCGCGGUAUGAGAUCGCCCGUUGGCAAGCGCAAGAUCCUGCUAGUGCGACGUCCGCUUACUUCACCAUAA